AUCUUCCCUUGACCAUGUCAGUUUGUCUCACCUCGUCGUGAGCGCCGCACGUUGGUGGUCAUGUUACUCGUGGUCGCGAUCACGUUGUUCGCCCACGCCCACGCGUGGGGUCGAGGUGACCUGGAGAAGUAUGGGCCAUUCCAGGUGGCCUUGCACUCGAAACUAAUUAAAUGUGAGCAUGGUAAAGAUCUAAAUCUAGAUGUCAGUGGAGUCGACGUCUACUUCUACGAUUUCCCAAGAAACGACGUAGAAUCCUUCACCAUAGACGCGGCAGCCGAUGGGAUCCUAAAAAUACCGCAACUGGACAAAACCAAGAAAUUUAUCAUAUUCGUGCCCGGCUACAAGUCUAAUAUUAAUAAGAAAACCGAGGAGUUAGUGAGAGACACUUUCCGAAAUUUUCCCAAUAGUUACUUGAUAAUAUUGGACCAUUCCCCGUAUACCAACGACAACCAGGGCUACGUAAAAAGUUACGAAAGAUCAGUAAAGUAUGUCUACUAUAUAGGCAAGGCAUUAGCCGACUUCCUAGCAGACCUAGCCAGGGGAGGAAUAUCGCCAAAGAACAUUCACUGCAUCGGCCAUAGCUUAGGCGCCCAAAUGCUGGGCCAAACUGGACAGCUAUUCUUCGAGAAAACGGGGACCAAAAUCGCGAAAAUAACCGGUUUGGACCCCGCCGGUCCCUGCUUCUCCAACAGCUUUACUCAGGACCAAAUCAGAUCUGGAGUGGCGGAUUACGUUGACGUGUACCAUUGUAAUGCUGGAGGCUUAGGGACCACCAGUGUUCUGGCCGACACAGACUUCUUCGUGAACAGAAAGGGGCAGAGCCAACCAAACUGCGGCACUCCCUUGAUUCCUGGUAUUUUCGACUCGUCCAAAGCAGCCAAAUGCAGCCACAGGGCAUGCAUAGAGUUGUAUACUGCUACCGUCAGUAACCCCAACUGGUUUCUUGCGUGGAGGUGCGAUGAAUAUAAGCAGUUCAAGAAGGGAGAGUGCUCGACCAACGAAGUCACCAUCGCGGGUUUCUGGAACCCUGGUAACGCCACUGGAGUCUUCUACUUCUCCACCGAUGGAUAUAAUUUAGAUUAGAAUUAUUUAGGAAAAUUAGAAAUAAGGACUGUUUCUAUAAAUGAUUCCA